AUGGCAGCCGUAGGGAAGCCAAUUUUUUACCACCAAGGAGCAAUAUUACAUGAUGGAAAGUAUGGAAUAUUUCCAUUUGUGUAUGAAAGCAUAGCAAAGAAAAAAAGCAAAAACAGGGAGGCUGGUGUUGUAGAAAUCAAGGCUACACAGAAUCUCAACAAAGAAGCCAUAAGGGCAAUGCUACUGAAUAAUGGCAUUCCAGGCAUCAAAGCUAAAUGGCCUUCCCAUCUACCCAAGGACAUAUGGAUUCAGUGGGAUAAUGCCAGACCUCAUCAAAUUCCAAGGGAUGAGGAAUUUGAAUCAGCCUGUCACUCAAAUGGAUUCAAUAUUCAGUUCAUUUUCCAGCCAGCUCAGUCCUUAGACUUAAAUGUGCUAGAUCUAGGGCUGUUCAAUGUAAUACAAUCCAUACAAUACCAACCUUUUCCUAAGAACUUAGGGGAACUCAUAGAGAAGGUCACAAAGGCUUAUGAUUUGUUCAACUCAAUGCUGAACAAACAUUGUUGGAUAACACUCCAAUGUUGCAUGGAAGAAAUACUCAAUCACCUAGGAGGGAAUAACUUCACCCCACCCCACAAAGGCAAGAAAAGGCUUGAAAGGAUUGGGAUGUUGCCAGAGCAAUUAGAGGUGGACAAGAAUGUGGUUCAACAGGCUGUUGAUUACCUCAACAUUGUUUUCAUAUCAACAGGUGAAGGGAAUGAAGAAGAUGAAGGCAUGCAAGUAGAUGCAGACUGA